GCCACGUCACUUGGAGAGUGUGUGUUGGGAAGGAAGGGCAGAGCGGAGAGCCGAGCCGCUGCAGCUGCGGCGGCGGCAGCAAAGCCUUGAGCCGUGGGGAGGUGGGUCCCCGCGCCAGGGGGCCGGGGCAGCCCAGGGCCCUGUGCGAGGCCUGCGGCGCGGCUCCUCGGGAGGAGGUGGCGGCUGUGGCGGCCGGAACCGCGACCUUGGCCGGACCCAGCCCAGCGGUGGACGCAGGGCGGAGGCCGAGCACCGCCAGGAGUCUUUGCCGAGCCGGAGGGAGGCGCAUCUGGCGCUUCGGUACCAGCGGGAGCCGGGGGUCCGGAGCGGCAGGAGGAGCGCAGUGGGAACUGGGAAUAGCUAGACCGGCUGGAGGGCGGACCCCUGUGUCCCGGAACCAGGUCUCAGGCACCUCUGGGGGCGAAGCCACGCGUCUUUUCGGGCAGCCAGUUUGACUCGCGUCUGUGUGCGGUUCCGGGCAUCCCAGUAAGCUCUAGCACCCGGGCGCGGGUAACGGGAAGCGCAGAGCCAAAUCCCCGGCGCCCAGUCACCUCCCCAGACCCAGCCUUGAGGGGACAGGGCUUCAGAGCUCACGAACCCGACAGCCAGGUCAGACCGCGAACCGGGAGGAGCGCGAGCCCCACCCUAAAGAGAGGGCGCAGCCGGGAGCUGGGGAGCGGGUGCCGCGCUCCAGAGGUUGUGUCGUGGGCGCCGUCCUAGUGGCGGGGAGCGCACCGCCUAGGGGACAUGAGAUCGGAGAAAUCCCUUACGCUGGCGGCGCCGGGGGAGGUCCGUGGGCCGGAGGGGGAGCAACAGGAUGCGGGAGACUUCCCGGAGGCCGGCGCGGGCGGGGGCUGCUGUAGUAGCGAGCGGCUGGUGAUCAAUAUCUCCGGGCUGCGCUUUGAGACACAAUUGCGCACCCUGUCGCUGUUUCCCGACACGCUGCUCGGAGACCCUGGCCGCCGGGUCCGCUUCUUUGACCCUCUGAGGAACGAGUACUUCUUCGACCGCAACCGGCCCAGCUUCGACGCCAUCCUCUACUACUACCAGUCCGGGGGCCGCCUGCGGAGGCCGGUCAACGUGCCCCUGGACAUUUUCCUGGAGGAGAUCCGCUUCUACCAGCUCGGGGACGAGGCUCUGGCGGCCUUCCGGGAGGACGAGGGCUGCCUGCCCGAGGGUGGCGAGGACGAGAAGCCGCUGCCUUCCCAGCCCUUCCAGCGCCAGGUGUGGCUGCUCUUCGAGUACCCGGAGAGCUCUGGGCCCGCCAGGGGCAUCGCUAUCGUCUCAGUGUUGGUCAUUCUCAUCUCCAUAGUCAUCUUUUGCCUGGAGACCUUGCCCCAGUUCCGUGUAGAUGGUCGAGGUGGAGGGAAUGGUGGUGGUGUGAGCCGCGUCUCCCCAGUUUCCAGGGGGAGUCAGGAGGAAGAAGAGGAUGAAGAGGAUUCCUACACAUUUCAUCACGGCAUCACCCCUGGGGAAAUGGGGACCGGGGGCUCGUCCUCACUCAGUACUCUUGGGGGCUCCUUCUUUACAGACCCCUUCUUUCUGGUGGAGACCCUGUGCAUUGUCUGGUUCACUUUUGAGCUCCUGGUGCGCUUCUCUGCCUGCCCCAGCAAGCCGGCCUUCUUCCGAAACAUCAUGAACAUCAUUGACUUGGUAGCCAUCUUUCCCUACUUCAUCACCCUGGGCACUGAGCUGGUGCAGCAGCAGGAGCAGCAGCCAGCCAGUGGAGGAGGCAGCCAGAAUGGGCAGCAGGCUAUGUCCCUGGCCAUCCUCAGAGUCAUCCGCCUGGUCCGGGUGUUCCGCAUCUUCAAGCUCUCGCGCCACUCCAAGGGGCUGCAGAUCCUGGGCAAGACCUUGCAGGCCUCCAUGAGGGAACUGGGGCUGCUCAUCUUCUUCCUCUUCAUCGGGGUCAUCCUCUUCUCCAGUGCCGUCUACUUCGCGGAGGCUGACGAUGACGAUUCACUCUUUCCCAGCAUCCCGGAUGCCUUCUGGUGGGCGGUGGUUACAAUGACCACGGUAGGUUACGGGGACAUGUACCCCAUGACUGUGGGGGGCAAGAUCGUGGGCUCUCUGUGUGCCAUCGCUGGGGUCCUCACCAUCGCCCUGCCUGUGCCAGUCAUUGUCUCCAACUUCAACUACUUCUACCACCGGGAGACGGAGCAGGAGGAGCAAGGCCAGUAUACCCACGUCACUUGUGGGCAGCCUGCGCCGGACAUGAAGGCAACUGACAAUGGACUUGGCAAGACUGACUUCCCCGAGGCUAACCGGGAACGGAGACCCAGCUACCUUCCUACUCCACACCGGGCCUAUGCAGAGAAAAGAAUGCUCACCGAGGUCUGACCCAUGCGGGCAGGGCCUGCAGCAGGAGAGCACUGAGCUAACAGUCUCUUAGGCUUCCUUCUUAUUUUCACUACUCACUCUAGCUUCAGUUGACUUCUUGACUCUUUCCCCUACAUCCACUACCUGGCAUCCAGGACCAAAUACCUGGACUAUCAACCUUGUUGCUUAAUCCCUGCAGUAUUCAAGGUUAAUCCAUCUAUGUGACAUUUUUGAAAUUCCAACGGUGCCACCCAAUCAUGCCCAUCUUCUGUCACAUGGAUGAGAUAUACAUUCAGGUCUGACCUUCCCUCAAGACUGAUUUUUCAUGUCUGGGACUUGUAAUAUCUCUAGGAACAGCAAUGUCAACAGGAUGGAAGCCAGCCAUACCUAAGUCUUUGUUCUCUCCUUAGUGUCCUUUGCUUUGGGUCAUGUGCGUUUCCUAGCUUUAGGCCACUUGGUAACUGGAAGAAGCUGGAGGACAGCAGCACUCACCUUGCUGUUACGCCAGUGCUCUGUAACACCUGCUGGGCAUCCUGCAGAUGACCCUUGGUAGAGUCUUUAUUUGCACAGCCUCAAAAUAGGUUUUUCAUUUCUAAACUUGGAUGGAAUUAGAAAAAAUACAAUCAAAUUUUACCACUUGGAGGACACAGGGGUUAGUCUAGGACCAAAGGGGCCAAUGGAUUUUGCAAGGCAUGCCCCCAGCACAAGAGGCACUGGUAUUUGGUCGACAUUGGGUCCUCCCCACUCUGAUCCCCUGACUCGCCAGCUUCCAAGAAGGUUCUUUCUCAGAGCCACAUACUCUUUUUGUGCAAGUGGCUUCCUGAACAGAAGAGCUGGAGAAAGGGAAGCAGAGUCAGGAGGAGGGUCUGAACAGAGUCAAGCAACUGGCUCGACCACAAUCUGAAGCAGGUGCCACUUAAACAGAUACUGUUUUCUCAAAAGGGCAGAGGAAUCCUGUUGCAGAUGGCAGCCUUUGCUCCCUCAUUUCCCCAAGUUUUCUCUAGCCCUGUACCUUGCUUCCUGGGAAUUUGAUUUAGGAUUGCGGUUGAAGGCUUCCUCAAGCAAACUCCAGCUUAAAGCCCCAGACAUCGGAUAGCAGCAUGGGUUUCUUCCUAUUUUAUGGGCGUGAAAUAUGUGGUUUAGAAUAAGGAACAAGCGUUAUUCCUUUGCCCGCAGCCUCACUCUAAGAGGCUUUUUUGCUGAGUCAAGCAAACACUUGCCUGCUCUGCCCCUUGGAGCUGCAUUUGACCUGCUCUCACUGGUAAGGUGAUGUGGUAGCGUUCCCACUUGACCUAAGCCAUUUUCUCUCAUUGUGAGACCACUGCCAUCUGUCCACCUGCCCACCUCCCCUCUUUUCUCUCUCUAUAACAUUGCCAUUUGUUUUUUGCCUUUGAUAAACUGUGAUGUACUGUUCUGAGAUCUUUUGGGUGCAGUUCUGAAACUGAAAGGACUGUUAACAUGCUUUUAAUUUUAUAUCUACGCUUUCAGACUCUGAUGAUAAUUUUUUUAAAAAAAUUAUUUUCUCGUAGAGCAACUUACAAGAGGACAGCCUUACGAGGGUUUGCGUGAGAGGCAAUGUGGCUUCUGUGAGUGCCAGAUCUAAAUCUCGAUCUUGCCCCAGCUUUACAGGGUAACUUGGGUCCACAGUCCCUCUUUGUGCCUCAGUUUACCCACCCAUUAAAUGGGAGCAUUACUGUCUUCCCCUCCCUACCUCAUGGGGCAUGUUUGGGAAGCUGGGGACAUUGCUAUGCAAAUGUGUGAAUCUUAGUCACGGAUUUGAUUUUUAGUUCUCCCUGUACCCCACAGGAAAGGCCUUCCUCUUGAGUUCCUGCCUUGGAUCCCAAGCAAGGAUUCCUAAGAAUAGGCCAUUAUGGAGCAUUAGCUCCCUAAAUCCCUCCUUGGCCUCUUGGACUGAGCUCCUCAGCCUUUCUUCUUACCCUUCAGAAAGGAGGGUUCUCUUUAGAUGUGUUCGGGGGAUCCUUCCAUGGCUGGAGGUCACCUUGACUGGGUGCUUGGCUUCUCCAUGCCUGAAAUACAGUAGAAGACACAGGUGUUUAUGAUGCAAAAACCUUCUCUGAGGUCAGAAAGUGCUAGUUUUCCAAACCUCUCUUGUUACUGCCGACUAUCUGGGGAAAGAAGAGAAGAGCCCAUUCCAGAGGCAGAAGGGAAGCUCCUAGCGGAGGGUAAAAGUUAGGACAGAUAUGCAUGUAUCUCUGUAUAUGUGUAUGUAAUCACCCUCAUCACCAUCCCUGAGGAAACAUUUCCUUUUCAAGUCAGAGCACGCCUGAAAGGGUUUGCGGAGAGCCCAGCUCACCAGGGACUCUGGUUGCCGUAGCAACCUUCCAGACUGUUCUCUCUAUCUUCUGCUUUGGGCAUCCAGGGAGACCAGGGGACUACAUCUUCCCAGCUUCUCGAAUGGGAGCACUUCCCACAUAGUGGUUUAGGGGCUGGGAGUGCCAGGACAGGGAUUUGGGACUUUUGGAAGAUGAGGAGGAAGCAGGGCCCCAAAGCUUCCUGUCUGGACUUUCCUUCCUAGUUUCCCCACCCAGUCAUUGAAGCUGCCUCAUCUUACUCCUGAUUCUUCAGAAAUUUGAAUGUUAAGCAACUGCCCAGUUAAACCAACAUCAAUAUUAUUUUUUUUUUGAGCUGCCAAGGGAAGCCCUUAGAGGGGACAACUUAUCCUUGGAGUGGCAGCCAGGCUGGGCCACACCAGGAGUGAUAACAGUCUUAGGUAUAUUGGAGUUCCCGUCUCCGCACAGACAAGCUCUUCCCACCUCCACGAGAGAUGAAGAAUUGCAAUUUCUUCCUCCCUGGGAGCAGUCUAUCUAGCUCCUGGGAGGAAUCUCAAAGAGCUUUCUUCUUAAGACAUCGAAGAAAAACUGAGACGCUGUAGCUCGACCUAGUUUCUGGGAAGAAUUUUGUCAAGUGAUCCUUCUCUGACCCUGAGCCUCUUUAUGUGGAUUUUGUAUCCUGAGCACCGAGAGAAUAUGCACUCUGUGUUGCCUGGACGGCUGGGGUGGUGAUUCACAGACACCAGGACAGGAAACGUCCAAGCCAUUUCCACACUUGACUCCAGCCGGCAAGAGCUUCCAGAGGACUUCCUGGAACUGCCAGCCUCAGCCUGAGACACGGGAUAUUCGUCCCCCAGAAGCGAGGAGGGACAGCUGGCUGCCUUUGCAGAGUUUCGCUCUUGUUGCGCAGCUGGAGUGCAACAGCACAAUCUUGGCUCACUGCAACCUCUGCUUCCUAGGUUCAAGUCAUUCUCCUGCCUCAGCCUCCAGAGUAGCUGAGAUUACAGGUGCCACUGCCUGGCUAAUUUUUUUUUUUUUUUUGUAUUUUUGGUAAAGAUGGGGUUUCACCGUGUUGGCCAAGCUGGUCUCAAACUCCUGACCUCAGGUGAUCCAUCUGCCUUGGCAUCCCAAAAUGCUAGGAUUAUAGGUGUGAGCCACCACACCUGGUCAAAAGUCGCCGUCUUUAUACAAGACCUCACUCUCGUUAAUUGGAUUGGACUCUGCUGGCAGCGAGUAGAUCAGGCGGACUCUGCAGUAAGUGAUGCUGUGAAGGCGUGUAGCGGGCGGACUGGGAAAAAUGCUGGCAGGUGCUUCAAGAAAGAACACCUACGCAUAGAAUUCUGACAGCGGCUGGACCCUCAACUUCUUCAGAAGACUGACUGAGUGAUCUGGCCUGACACCCGUCUGGUGGCCUCCCAUGAGCAGAAACCAAGCCAGAAAGAGUUGAGACCAGACCCGCUGUCCCUAAAGACAGGGCCCAGAAUGUCAGGGUGAAGCUGUAGGGGGAGGGUGAAAGCUGGUGAUGUGGGCAGAGACCAGCUAUGGGGUGGUCAGGGGAUUCUGGGAGGUGCAUGGCUAUGCUGCAGACCCACCCAGGACAAGGGUGGCUGUGGAAGAAUGACAAAUAAAUACAUGGCAAAGUCUCAGAGGUUGUGCAUUAUGCCCUGAGAAAACACUGACGACCAGGUGAGGCAGACAAGCCAGUGGUCUCCCCAGGAGCAGGCAGGUAUCCACGAUUCAGAGCACCUGCUGCUUUCCGGCAUCCUCACGGCACCGGGGGAUGUGAUGGCCACUCUCGAAUCACCGGGAAGAGGGCUUGAUCACCCUCUGUGGUGAUCUGGGCCACAGAUAGGGGACAUUCUGCAAGAAGGCAAGGUGCAUAACCCAUGAUCUAAGAGUUAUCUUCCUCUGCUACACAUAUGCCUGGGCAAAUAUCAAGGGCAGAGUUAUUUUUUUUGAAUGUGGACUUCCCAGAGGCCAGAUGAUGCUGUGUGCAGGGUCUCCCAGGUACCAGAAGGACAUUCUUUCUGUUCACCCACAUUGUUCUUGUAGCUGAUGGCUGUCUCUCUCGGCCUGUCCUCACUGGGAGCGGGUAACGUUACUUCUCAACAAUCAAACAAGUCCUGUACUCUUCCAGGAUCUCUGGUCGGGGACAUUCCACGGCUAGUCACUCAUUCCAGUAUCUUUUCCUCUUUGUGACAAAACAAAGGAUCAGGAUGACUUUCCUGAAUAGGAAAGAAAAUUAGGAAACCUGGGGCUCCAGGUUGCUUUAAUGCCUACACCUUCCUAGAUUGUCCUCAGUGCUGCGGCUUCAUUAUCAGGCUGCAGAAGACAGCAGGGACCGUAGCCUUAGCCAUGUGUCUAGGAGAGCACCUGAUACAGAACUGUCAAUCAUCAAAUGUGUGGUGAAUGAAUGAGUGAGGAAGUAAGGGAAGGAAGUGUUGGGUCUGGUUAAUACAUACAGUUAAAACACUUACAUACAAAUAAUCAGGGGCUCACACAUUGUUUACUACAAGUAAAAGUGGUUGUCAAACAUCCCUGAAAAACACACAAGCACACACACACACACACACACACACACAAACAUACACACCCUUUUCCCUGCCAGCCUUCUUUAAAUAAACCCAAUGACUCUACUAGAAAACCCCAAUCAAUUUCCUAUUAAAUAAACCCGACAAUUCUGACA